AUGAAGCCUGAACCUACACCCCCAGCUCUACAGCUUCGCCAAUUCCUCAGCCCCCCAACAAGUAGCCAAUACCACGCCCAUGAUAACCUUAACAGAUCAUUUCUUCUCCCAACAGGCAAGAUCGUACCGUACGUGGAGAUGAGCGUGGUCCACGCCUCGGCCCUCUCUCUGGUGGUCAUCUCCUUAGAGCGGUACCAUGUAAUCUGCCAGCCGCUCCAGGCCGGCUACCGGUGCACCAAGACCAAGGCCGUGAUCGCUAUAGCUAUCAUAUGGGUCGUGGCCUUCAUCUCUGCAGGACCGCUGCUACGGAUCGUCCAGUACAGCUACGUUAAGUUCUAUGACGGGACGUGGAAACCUCACUGCAGCGCCCCUGUUGACGACAAGUGGACCGUCUCAUUCUUCUUCGCCACCUCUAUUUUGUUCUUCUUCGUGCCGCUGCUGCUGCUGGUGGCGCUGUACACAGUCAUUGCCCGCCAGCUGCUGGUGGACACCUUCGAGCUCACUCACAAGAAAGAGAACCCGCAGAUGCGAGCGAGGAGGCAGGUGGUGGUGAUGCUUGCCACAGUCGUCCUCUUCUUCUUCCUCUGCCUCUUGCCGAUGCGGGUCUUCUACUUGUGGAUCCUAACCGUUACCCGCGAGAGCAUCACCUCCUUAGGCAUCGAGGGUUACUACAACCUCCUCUACUUCUGUCGCGUCAUGUAUUACAUCAACUCCUCGAUCAAUCCCAUCCUCUAUAACAUGACGUCGACCAAGUUCCGCACUGCCUUCUUGAGGGUGUUCCGAGGCAAGCAAGGGCGGUUACACCGACAGCACACCUACAGCAACACCUCAUUCAACAACCCCACAGUCAGCAACAACCUGCGCCUCAACUACGGCACCAACUGCUCUAUGGUGUACAAAACGCUGUACUCCAAGAGCGUGGUCACUAACCAGUACAGCUACACCUCCACGGCGUCCGGAGCGUCUCAGGUCACGCGCCAGACUAGUCUCCUCUCUAACAGCAAAUCUCGCUCGAGCACCAAAGACACUUUCGUCUAGCUGGCACUGUGACACUGUGACACUUAACCUCUAUUAGUUUACACAACAGUCUAAUGAAGACGCUUCUUAUGAUGACUUAUAGCUGAACUAGACUCCGCAACGGAGUCGUUCGUGAAGGCAUUUUCCGUGAGUUAUAACUAUUGAAUCAGUGUAUUUGAUCGCUUCAGUCUUAUUAAUGUUUGGGAGCGUAAUUCCCAAUUCGCAGCUGUAUAAACCAUUUAAAGUUUACUGGGAUAAACAAUAUAUGCUUCCAUGAGCUACGCUAUUCAAUGUCUUUCCAGAAAAAGCAUAAAUAAAACUAGUUGUUGAGCGUGUUGAUGUGUGACGAACGACCAAAAGUGUGGAACAUUUAUCUAUGUAAUUAUCUUCGCACGUUUACAUGGACACAUUUACAGCAUAUUAAAAUACAUUCUUGGAUAUUCAACUGUUUAUCUGAACAAUUCCAUUGUAUCAUACGUGUCUAGUCUCGGUGUUUGCCUUAUCACGUUACUUGUAUACAUGUGGACCCAUUAGACGAAUUUGUUGGUGUCAACUCCGUAAACUUUGAUUGAUUGAUAAAGAUUAAGCCACCCAAGAGGUGGCACGGGCAUGAAUAGCCCGUAAGUGUAAACUUUCAUUAGCCUGUCUUCUUAUAGUAUCUCGGAGACCAGGUGGUGUCAGAGGACAUAUGUAAGAGUUGCGACAGGGGGCAUAAAUGAGGGAUUCUGGCAUGAGUCCGUCUUGUACUGGGGGAGGAACGCAUGACCUAAAGGCUCUCCUCUCUGUCGUAAUCUCUCCUUGUCCAAUAUCAUCGAUAUUUCUCCAAAGCUAAUUCCUGAGAUAAGGGUCUCUUAAGAAAAUACAAGUGUCUGUGCGUUGAUGCUGUACUCUAAGAUUUGUAACCAUAACAACCUCAGCUGUAUUUAUAGCAUUUUGGUAUUUGCCAAAAUAUUUAUUUGGGAUCCAAGCAAUGUCUUCAACAACUGAAUGUUGUUCAAGGUAUUGUUUUGAGAAACUCUAAAGUUGUGAGUGUGUGUGUACAUGGUUGUGUGAGUGUGUGUGUGUACAUGCUUGUAUGUGUGUGUGUGUGUACAUGGUUGUAUGUGUAUGUGUGUGUACAUGCUUGUAUGUGUGUG